AAAAUACAUAUUAUUACAAAAGCAGAUGCCGUAUACAAAACGGUUGAUAAGUUGUCCAGAUAUGAAAGAAGAUGCAGCGUCUUCUAUUUUACUCAUCGGUGAUUUGGGUUUACAAUUACAAAGUUUAGCAUCAAGAUUGCUGGAAAUUGCCGACCAACAAAAUGUUUAUUUAAAAGUCCAUACGUCAAAUGAAUUGCCGAUUACCGCUGAAGAAAGGGAUCUUUCACUUACUGUUUCACUAAUUGUUCUUCUUGUAAAUCUUAAUGGUAAAAAUACAAUGAUGAGUUGCCAGCGGUCUGCUAAAUUUAUCCCAUUACCAUUCUAUCUUGGAAGGUUAAUAUUGGUCGGUCUUAACAUUGCUUGUGAGGAGAAAUGGUCUGUGGGACCUGAGGAAGUUUCAGACUUUUCAUCACAAUGUGAUUGUCCGGUUAUUUGGGGAAACUUAAGUAAUGAAGAGAGUCUUAACAGUUUAUGUCAACAGCUUUUACAUCUCUUAAAACAAUUGUCGGUUGAACUUUGUGUUACAAGUUUGUGCAGUGGCAGUUCGUCAAUGCUGGACACCAUUAAUUCAUGAUGUUUGGAUUUUUUAUUAACCACCCUUAGUAUUUGGUAUAGAUAUCUGAAACAUGUAGCCCUCCUAAUUGUAUUGGCCAAAAGUGCAUUUAAAAUACUUUCAAGAAAUGUUACAUAAGUGCGUUUAUUACAUUAAUUUGUAAUUUUUUACUUUCUGCUAAUAUUUUUACACGUAACUACUAGAAUCUAUUUUACUUCCUGUUCUGUUUGAUAAUGAAUGAAUGAAUGAAUGAAUG